UAACCCGGUGAUACAAAAAGAAACAGGAAGGGGUCCGGUUGGUUGGAGCUCGAGCUGACGGCGGACGUGCUCGCCUCUUCUCCGGCUCUCUCUCUCUUCUCCUCCUCCUCAUCUCGGCAAAACCACCACCGCAUUGCCGGUAUAUUUAGUUAAGCCGCGAUAGAGGAGGGAGGGAUAGCGUAGAGGGAGAGGGAACAGGGGAGGGUGGCGAGCUCCUGACCAUCUCUCUCCGCCCUCUCCGUUUCGCCGCUCCUCGCCGGAUCCAUCUCCAAAAGAGGACGUCGGAGAAGAUGAUGGGCGGAUUCCUCUCCCGGGUCCUCCUGUUGGCCUUUGGCUACGCCUAUCCAGCAUAUGAGUGCUACAAGACUGUCGAACUGAAUAAACCAGAGAUUGAGCAGCUCAUAUUUUGGUGUCAGUAUUGGAUUCUAGUAGCUCUGAUGACGGUUAUGGAGAGAUUUGGAGAUUUUACAAUAUCAUGGCUACCAUUUUACUCGGAAGCAAAGCUGAUGUUCUUUAUAUACUUGUGGUACCCUAAGACAAAGGGAACUACCUACAUUUAUGGGACUUUCUUUAGGCCAUAUAUUUCACAGCAUGAGAAUGAAAUUGACCGUAAUUUGCUUGAGUUGAGAGCUCGAGCCACCGAUGUAGUUGUCCUUUAUUUUCAAAAGGCUGCUACUGUAGGACAGAAUACAUUCUUUGACGUUUUGAAGUAUGUUGCUUCGCAAUCACCAUCUCAGAGGUCAAGUCAACAACCUUCUCAGGAGCCGCAACAACCAAAACAACAGCAGGCACCAGUACAGCAGCAGCCGACACAAAAACAAGCACCAACUGUUUUGCGCAGAUCAGCAUCUAUUGCUGCUCGGCAAGCUGCAAUGGCACAGCAGUCUCAGGAUGCCAAGACGGUUCCAUCUUCCCCCAAGAUCAAGCGCCAAGCAUCAACAAAAGCUGCACCUGUGGCAUCAACAAAGUUGACCGGAGCUGCAGCUCCGUCAACACCAAAAUCUGAUGCCGACGCACCAAAGAAAAAUGAGGCGGCGCCAGCUUCCUUGCAAGUGGCAACUCCAGCAACAAAGGCCGAUGUACCAGCAUCUGAACCUAGUGCUCCACUCCCUGAAGCCGAAGAAGCUGACAAGAUGGCCAUUGACGAGGCUGAUGAUGCCGUAGAGGGCACAGAAGAGGGUGAUCCUGUUCCAGGUGAGACAGUAGAGGAGAGACCAAUGGAGGAGACGAUCCGUGUGACUCGCUCCAAGCUAAGGAGGCGUACUGCUUCUGAGGAUCCUGCAGGAAAUUAACAGCAAUCCAUUCUUUUUGUUGCAUGUUGUGCUGUUCAUUUUCUUUUUAAGUUUUAGAUUGUCAUGUUGUUUGGUGCAUGUGGGAAAUGUGUUGGUCUAAUUGAUCGUUCUGUUGCCCAAGAGUUUGUCAUCUCGUUUUCUGUGUUGCUAGCAUGUUUGUGUGCUUGGAAGUUGUAAAUAGCACCGUGCAUGUAUGUAUAUAUCAAUUGGUGGCAUGGCGAGGAAUGCCUGUAUCUUGAAACAUUAGACAUUUCAAUCAGGUCAUUACAUGAGCACUCUCUCUGUUGUCUGUUA